AUGGAGGUAGUGAGAGCCAACCUUCCCCUUCAUGUAUACCGUUACAUCGAUAUUACUGUGGAACGAAUCAGACAUUUAGAGGAAUUAAGAAUUUGCUCCUUAGGUGUCAUUGUGAGACUCGUCCAAGUGGAAGAUACGAACACACCCGAAAUAAUACGGUUUCUUCUUGAAACCCAAACAUUUCCUAUAUGCCUUCGCUGCAUUGAUGUAGGCAGUGAACUCGCCAAAAAGGGGGCAGCGUUUGUAGUUACUCAAAUUCUUAUGUCAAAAGAUGGGCAACAAUACAUUGGUAUGUUCCCGAACCGGUUUUAUGGAGUAGCUGUGGUCUUGAGAAAAACUGUAGACCGGUUUGGGAGAAACCAACCUAAUUCAGAAUUGUUGAAGCAGAUCUUAAACUGCUACAUGCAGUUGGUUGAAGUAUCUAGACUUUUCAGUUCGGAGAUCAAGAGCUUAGAAGUAUUGCUCAUCGAGUGCUCGUGA